CAUGGGCAUCUCAAUGCGCAGCGCAAGCCUGCCGACGUACCCGGGCGAGCUCAGCGUCGACUUUUGCAGCCUCCAGGCCGACACGCUCCAGCGGUACGUCGACUACCACCAGCUGCCGCUGCCAUCGCCUGCGACCAAAGACGACCUUGCGAUCCGCGUCGCCACCCAUUUCAGCGAGACGGUCCCCAUGUUUGAGGACGAGAAGGCGACCAUCAUGUCCUUUUUGACCUACAUCCGCGAAGGCCCGCGCGACGCGGCCCGUCGCAGCCGCAUCAAGGCCCUUGGCGACGCCAAGCGGCCACGGGCAGGUACUCCCGACGACGCCAUGACGUCGGGCGAAGAUACCUCGAACGACAGCCUUCGGCCAACUUUGGCGCGAUGA